UGAAAUUCAGGUGGUUGCAGUCAGUCAUUCUCAAGAAAUUAAAAAAAAAGGGAGAUUCUGGAAACGCAAAGGCAAAAUCAUAGAAAGAGGGGAAAUGUUUUCAUCAGUUUCGAGGAGUGUGUGAAGAGCGAAAACAACCCCUCUCUCUCUCCCCUCCCCAACUGCGUAAUAACAAAGAAAUAACUAACUGACAAGGAACGCUUUUGUUUUGGUUACUGAUUAGAAAUAGAAAGAAAAACAAGAAGUGGCGCCGACGGCGGUAUGUGAGAACUCGCUGUAGCAGUAUAGAGAAUAGUGGAGUGGAGCAGCUAAUACGCUUCUGAAAUCGCUACUCCUCCGCUUCUCUGGUAAAAAAGUAAAUAAUUAAAUAAGGAAUGGGUGGAAUCGGCGUAAUAUCGGCACAAGAUCAUGAUGCAGCAGCAGCAGCUUCAACUUCAACUUCAUUCAAGUCGAAGAGAAAGUCAGCAUUGGCUUCCAAGCUUAAAUCUUCCAUUUCCAAACAUCUCCGUCACUCUUACUCCCACGACCGUGUCCUUGCUGAGUAUAUUACAGUGCUUGUUUGUAAUGGGAAGAAUCAAGAGCAGGCCAGAGACGAUCUCGAAGCAUUUCUUGGUCAAAGGACUCAGGAGUUUGUCUCUUGGUAAUUCUAAACCACCCUUUCUACUUGUUUUAAUUUCAUUUUUACUGCUUAAAUCUCUAAUUGCUUCAAUUUCGAUUAAGACGGUAACUUAUUAGUCCUAUAACCUCAAAACAAUUAUCAAUUGUGACGCUUGUGUUAAAGAUAGAGCAGCCACAUUGUCAAUAAUGCAUUGUUUUGAGCAAUCCAGGAAAAGAAUGAUUUUUAUUUACUUUAGCUUUCGUUAGAUUAGCCGUAUUCGUUGUUAUAUUUUCUUUUCUUAGCGCCAAAUUGCUGUAAAGUUGCUCAUACGUUUCCCCUUAUUAUGUUUUCUGUAAAGGUUGUGGGAUCUUCUUUUGAAAUAUGUCCAUCAGUCCAACAAGGAUAUUUGUUUAUUAUCGGAUGCAAAGAAUGUCAAUAUCACCACUCCAUGCGCGAAGGAUUCCAAGAUCAACAAAUUAAAGGACUUUCAGAGUCAUGGCCAUGAUAGUAGCACUAUGGAUGUUUUUGAGAUCAAAGAUGAUCAGAUGCGCCUGUUGCCAACUACUUCUGAUCCCAACUUCUGUAAUGUCAAUCACAGUCAACUUACUGAAGACUUUGAACAAGUUCAAAGUUCUUCUUCUCUGUCAUCUGAGAUCAAUUCAAAGAAAGUAUUGUCACGGUCUUGCAAGACUGAGUGUCACGGAAAGAUUGGUGCUUCUGAGAAUGUUCUUUAUAAUUCCUUGGCAAAUGAAUCUUUAGGAAAGAAAGCUCUUCCAAUGCAAAGCAAAAUUCUCAGUGUAUUGAUAAAGCAAUGAAGCAGAUCAUCCAUAGUAGCUGCAACAUGCUAUUUAAUCAGCUUAUACCCAGAAGGGAACCAGCUUUUAGAAAUCCACAACCCUCCACAUCAGGAAAAUGUCCUUUUCCAAGAUUUGUUCAUGCAGAGUCCCACCAGAAGGAAAAACAUUGUAUUAGUGUUUGGGAUAGAUUGGGAAAGCCAUGUGAUGGUGUACCUCCAGGGGUCAAAACUGUUGAGCUGUGUGACGGUUUGGGUACAGUGAUUCAAAAGCAGGAAUUGCUUAACCAACAAAAAGCGGUGCUUCCUGUUUCAAAUAGUGAACUUAGAGGGAGUAUGACUGGAGGAGUUACUGGCCGUGGUAACAUCCAGCCUGAGAGCAGGAAAUUGGAGAGACCAACGAGAACGAUGCACGAAGCUCAUGCUGCUAAUAAUAUUAGACGAAAAAGACACUUCGGGGAAAUUUGUACUGACCAGGAUGCUUUGGCUGGCUGUAGCAGGAAGGAGCUUCAGUGCCUAGAUUUUUCACAAUUUUCUAAAAGGUCAAAUAUGAUAAAAGAAGAUUCUAAAGCUACUCCAAAUUUGAUCUCGGAAGUGCUAGAUGUGAAACAGAAGCUACAUAAAAUUGAAUUGGAAACGUCUAAGCUUCGGUCAAAGCAAAUUGAGAUGGAGAAAUAUGGAAAGUCCAAUUUACUGUCACGUUCCGGUACAUUUUGCAGCAACAAAAGAAGCUCUAUCAUUGUGCUUUGCCAAUUGUGGAGUGGUUGAGAAUGUAGUGAUCUUGACUGACAAAACCACUGGCCAGAGAAAGGGAUCUGCUUAUGUUGCCUUUGCUAGCAAGGAUUCUGCUGAGAAAGCAGUGGCAUUGAGUGGUGCAACAUUUUUUUCUGGGACUUUGAAAGUUUCAAGGAAGGCAGAAUCAACAUCUGCAAUGGCCCAGCUUGCUGGGAAGCCAUCUCGAGCACUAUCAUCUUGCAUCAACAAGAAAGCUAUUGUCAAGAUGCCGUAUUCUACCAGCUCCCAUCUGCAAUGGAGGAAAGAUUCUUCCACAUCAGAGCCAUCAGCUUCAGCCAAUGAAGAGUAACAAGAUCCCGCUACAUGACUUGGAGCGUGGUGGUUGAAGCUUGGUUUUGAAAAUGCAUUCCCAAAUUUCGAGUUGGUACAGUGAAGUGAGAAAUAUCUUGCUAUGCUAGCUCAUGCCUUUGAGAGUGUAUAUAUUGUGUACAAUCAAAAGGAAUGUAUAGGUUCAUGUCUGAACACCUUUUUCUAUGCUCCGUAAUUUUCUUGUGCUGCCAUGAAGUCCUUUGGCAAAUGCAUUUGCUUGCUUGCGUGUUUGCAUGGAUAUCUACCUAGGAAGCAUGGAUACUCUCAGAAUACCCCGGAUUUGUAUGGAUAUCCGUUGGCAGAAACAUCGUGUGAAGUGGAGAAUAGCUCAAAUCUCCUAUAAAGCUCUUUUUAAGAAGAUAAAAAGGGGCAAAUGAAAACCUUAAAUUUCAAUUUGACCCUGCUUGUAUCCAAUCACAGCACACUCAAAUCCUAAUUAGCUCAUUCAAAAAGCAAUUAGCAGGGACAGCAUGCAAUCUUUUGAGAAUUAAGACAAUCAAAUUAGAGAUUGACAGCAUCUAGAACAAUCAGAUCGAAUAGGAUCAGUCUUCAAGUGCAGAGCUGCUUUGACACUAUAGGAUCCCAUCUCAAAAAUCCCUCUCCUCGGUAAGCUUUUUUUCUUUUCUAUUUUUUUGCCUCCUAGCUACAUGUCAUUUUUUCAGGCUCCUAUGGCUCACAAUUUUCUCAGAAACCGGUAUUCUGCAAGUUCGCAACACUGCAUGUUAGGAGCAAGUUCCCUAUCCAAGCCGUAAGUAUGUCUGACACAAUUCAUAUCAGACGACCAACUACUUCCAGUUUGCUUGCAGGCCAACAUAUGGAACCACCAAGUUGAAAUAUCAGUAUAAAUGAAUAAGCCUAAUUCUAGUUUGUGCAACAUUUGAACUCAAACUGGAUUCCACCCAUGAUGCAGAAAACUUGCAAUUUAGGAGAUAAUAAAGUAAAUUUGAACUCUAUCCAAUGAAAGACUGACUAUCAAAUUACCA